AUGUACAUUAAUCAGCUUCAUACAACAAUAAGCAGGUCUAAUAAUACUGUACAGCAGAUGUUAACUCGUCGAAAGCAAAUAAAGUCUAACUGGAAGUUGGAGGGGAGAGUGGGAAAGAGGAGAGGCUCAAUACAAAAAUAUUGUAGUGCAAUAGCUUCUAAUAUCAAAAUAGCUAUCUGUUACUUCUUUAACAUAGAAACGUUAACUGCGAUACUGUCUACAAACAAAACUGAACUACCGUUUAGCAGCCAGGAUAUAACUAGAACUGUAAAAUAUUUGAAUUCUCGCUACAAGGUGCUAAAUGUUGAUAAAUUUGGACCACUUAAUAGCACCAAGUUUGUAAUUGUUGUUCAGAUUUUUUUGUUGAGUUUUGAUCAGUGGCAGUCAUUAGAAACUGAAAUUGUUCACGAUCGUGUCAACUACUUAAACUACUUGAUCGACUCGUUGAGAAACUGUGAGGAAAUCGAUAAAGCGUUGGUGAUAUUCAGUCACGACUGUCUCUUAUCACAGAUCAAUCUUCUUAUAAAAGAGAUUAAAUUUUGCAAUGUAUCUGUACAUUUAAGAUGCUCUUUUCUUAAUAAUAUAUAUUGUUUAACCUUAUAUAAGUUUUUCAGUAGACUAGCGUUCAGUAAAUUUAUACAACAAAAACUUUUUAACCAAAAUUUAGUGAUGCAAAUUUUUUAUCCAUAUUCAAUACAGUGGUACCGCGAUUGUUUCCCUGGACCAGACUCAGGCAAUUGUAUUUUACAGGGAAACGAAUCAAAUCUAAAGGCACAGAUAGUCCUUACUGAUCUUACAGAAACAUGUCACUGCUGUUGUUUGUUUAUUCUGUUAUUUAGUUCUGAGAAAGUGCGCCGGUCAGGUAUUCAAGGUCAAUAUGGUCGUCAUAGAGAUGCAAAACUAGCACAAAUAAAGCAUCACUGGUGGUGGAAAGUAUUAAAGUUUUAUAAAUUUUCUGAAUUCUAUAAAAGACAUACUAUGAACUACGUCUUUGACAAUAUUAUGAAGAAAUUUGGCCUGUUAAAUACCCCGCUUCUUAUACUUGAAGAGGACCAUUACGUUUCUCCAGAUCUUUUGUACAUGAUGGAUUUGAUUACCAAGCAAAAGCAAAAGCACGUGUGGAAUACAAUAAUUGCAGAAAUGACGACAACCAAGUAUUGUUUACAGUGUCAGGUUAUUGUUCUUGGACACUAUCGCGAGAUUGAGAGAAAACCUUCUCAACUGGGUAGGCAUUUGUGGUACAGCAGUGAUCAUAAUAUAGGAAUGGUUUUUGACCGAACAGCUUGGAGUCAAGUUAAAAAUUUUUUUUAUAGCUUAACCGCUCUUAAGGAAACUUUCUACUGUUUGUUUCUCCAAACUUUAGUAUUUUGUGAGUACGAUGACUAUAACUGGGAUUGGUCACUAAUGAGGGUAAAUCAAGAGUGUUUUCGCUCGAAAUGGGAAACUAUAACUGUCACAUUACCUCGAGUAAUGCACAUUGGUGAUUGUGGUGUUCAUACUCAGCGAUGUGGAACACAGAAUUCUUCGCAGGAGGUUAUAAGGAUGUAUUAUGACAUAUUACCAGAACUGUUUCCAAAAACACUUGUCGUAGCAGAAAAACCGGCUAUUUUGAAAGAGCCAUCAGCACCAAAUGGUGGUUGGAGCGACAUUCGUGAUCACCAGCUAUGCCUUCAAAAUUCUAUUGCGUACAGUCUUACAGUCUCGAUAUCUAAUCAGGGGCUGGUUAUCACUAGAGGCAACAUUAAUGUGCAAGUAAAGUCGGAAGUUGGCGUUCAGUGUACUGAUUGCUGA